UAGUAGUGCUAAAGAUGAUGAUACGGAAUCAGAGGGAUGGCGCAGUAGCUCCACAUCUGAAGAUCUCCUGGAUUCUGCUUGUGUAGCAGCCGAUUUUGAUGAUGAUUUAGGGGAUGAAUAUGAAAAUAAGUUUAGAAAAAAAACAUCUGCAGCUCGCUCUUCUCCUCCUCCUAGCUCCAGUAGCUCCUGGCAUCCUUCACGUUUUGAAGGUAGCACUAAUGCUUUCAGAGGCUAUCUGAAAAAAUCGUCUGCUCCCAGGCCUGAAGCCGCUCGUCGAUAUGAAAUACCAGUGGAAGUUCUCUGCAAGGCUAGCAGGUUUCCUCCUCCUAAUCGUGGUGCCUCCAUGAGUGACAGGCUUCCCCCUCCAGCUGCCUACCUGGUUACCGCCUGUAUGCCUCCUCCUCAUCCUCAUUCACGUGGUGGUGCCUCCAUGAGUGACAGGCUUCCCCCUCCAGCUGCCUACCAGGUUACCGCCUGUAUGGCUCCUCCUCAUCCACGUGGUGGUGCCUCCAUGAGUGGCAGGCUUCCCCCUCCAGCUGCCUCCCAGGUUACCACCUGUAUGCCUCCUCCUCCCUCAGUGGAAUCUCUCUCCAAUAUUCGCCGGAUUUUACCUCCUUCUGCUAAAUCCAUGAUGUCUAGAACUGGCCUCUUGAUCAAAGGGUGUCCCUCAUAUGAGCCUCCUUCCUCUGAUCUUAGUUUUGAAUCAGUUGAUUUCAUAGAAGACAGCCUUGAUUCCCUUACAAAAAUGUCUCCAAUAUUUUGCCCCACGAGUCCAAUCAUUUCCUCUGCCACAGAGUUUGCCACUGAGCUUUAUGCCUCAACUCCUCCUGUCUGUGAUGAUCCUCCUCAUCCUCCUCGUCUUGCAUCUCAGCAGUUCAUGUCCAUGACUCCAAGCCCCGCUCCCCCUCCUGCUAUUUCUCGCAGGGUGGGCGCAUCUUUUCACGGGAGGAGCAGGGCUGGUGGCUCCUUUGCCUUUGCUCCACCUGCAGUGUCUGCACCACCCUCUCCCACUGCAUCUGGUGGCUUUGGUGGUUCCUUCAGAAGCAAGAAUAAGCGUUUUGGUUCCUCAGCCCCUGGAGCACAGCGAAAGGAACGGAAACAACUACUCCUCCAAAAAGUGGAAAAACCAAUAAGCAGACGAGACAAAGUGGCCUGGAAUGAGCUGUUUGAGCUUCAGCAUGAGGAUGGAUACUGGGAGUGCACUGACAGACUGAGCAGCUUCCUUAACCUGGACGUAGACUUUUUUGCAAAUGUCUUCCUUCAAGAGAAAGGCAUCUGUUCCUUAGGUGUGAAGGCUCAUGCUGAAAUUCUGAGGCUGAUGGCGACUCUGCUGGUGCUGCAGCUGAUCCGGGUGAAGAAGCUGGAAGUGGGACAGCUGCUCGAGUCUCUCCUCCGACUAAAAGAGUCCCAGGAGCCCAGACCGAUGUACUGGGAGGCAGUGAAGAGGGCCGUGGACUGGGCCGGCCGGACAGACAGACAGUAUCCGUGUGUGUGCAGCAGGCUGGAGAUCGGCCGGGAUUGGGAAUCAUCUACACGUCAGCUACUGGGCUGUGAUUCUCCACACCCAUAUUCCCCACUCAAACCUGUUCUAGAGAGACGUAUGGACAUUAUUUGUCAUGCAGAAACUUUUUGCUAGCCGUUUUCUUCCAAAACUAGAUCAAUGACUUGUAAUCAAAUGUCGCUGUGAUUUUUAGUGAAUGUAUGAACUCAUUUCUUCUCACAGAUUUCCUAGCUGAGCAACAAACAGCUGUAGUUCAUCACAUUAACUAUGAUUGAUGCAGUAUGU